AUAUCACUUUUUCAUUUCUUUCCUAAUGCAGCUCCUCCAAACGUUCGGAUCAUCCACUCCGGUCACGCAUGCAACAUUGAGGAGGAGCACUACACGGAGAGGGUGUACACCAUCCGGGAGGGGGAGACUUUGGAGCUGACCUGUCUGGUCUCGGGGCAUCCACGGCCACAGAUACGAUGGACCAAGACAGCAGGAAGUGCUACUGACCGCAUCCAGGACUCCAGCGUAUUCAACGAGACACUGCGCAUAACCCGCAUCCAGAGGCACCAGGGCGGCCGUUAUUACUGUAAGGCUGAGAACGGCCUCGGCACUCCCGCCAUCAAAUCCAUCCGAGUGGACGUCUACUAUUUAGAUGACCCCAUUGUGACGGUCCAUCAGAGUAUAGGAGAGGCAAAGGAGCAGUUCUACUAUGAGAGGACAGUGUUCCUGCGGUGUGCUGCCAAUUCAAACCCUCCGGUGCGGUACAGCUGGAGACGGGGAAGGGAGUUCCUGUCUCAGGGUUCGGACAAGGGUGUGGAGAUCUAUGAGCCAUUCUUCACCCAGGGGGAGACCAAGAUCCUGAAGUUGAAGAACCUGCGUCCGCAGGACUAUGCUAACUACACGUGCACUGCCUCUGUUCGCAAUGUCUGUGGCAUCCCCGACAAGAGUGUGCUAUUUCGGCUCACCAACAAAACCGCCUCCCCGACUAUUAAGCUGCUUGUGGAAGACCCCAUUGUGGCCAACCCUGGGCAGACAGUAAUCCUGGUGUGCAUCAUCUCUGGAGGCGAGCCCACCCCGAGCCUGACGUGGGUUCGGAACACCGAAGAGCUUCCAAAGAAGAGUAUCCUCAAGAGUGAGACCCUUACAAUACCUGCCAUCAGCACGGAGGAUGCUGGUGUUUACAGCUGUGUAGCCAGUAACAAUGUGGGAAAUCCUGCGAAGAAAUCCACCAACAUUGUCGUCAGAGCUCUGAAGAAGGGCAGGUUCUGGAUCACACCCGACCCCUAUCAUAAUGAUGACAACAUCCAGAUCGGCAGAGAGGUGAAGAUAUCCUGUCAGGUGGAGGCCACGCCGCCUGAGGAGCUGAUGUUCAGCUGGCUGAAGAACGGCCGUCCGCUGCGUAGCUCAGAGCGCAUGGUCAUUACCCAGACUGACCCAGAUGUUGCCCCAGGAACCACAAACCUGGACAUCAUCGACCUCAAGUUUACUGACUUUGGCACUUACACCUGUGUGGCCUCACUAAAGAAUGGAGGGAUACCAGAGAUCAGCAUAGACGUCAACAUCUCCUCCACCACUGUUCCACCCAACCUUACCGUCCCACGAGAAAAGUCCCCAUUAGUCACUCAGGAGGGUGACACAGUAGAUCUGCAGUGCCUGGUCUCCGGCAAACCCAAACCCAUCAUCCUCUGGUCCCGUGCUGAUAAAGAAGCACCCAUGCCGGAUGGAAACAUGCAAACCGAAAGCUAUGACGGAGUUCUGCGCAUCGUCAAUGUCUCCCGUGAGAUGGCCGGCACGUACCGCUGCCAAACCAGCCAGUACAACGGCUUCAACGUCAAACCCCGAGAGGCCAUUGUGGAGCUCAUAGUGCUGUAUCCUCCCACGGUGGAGCCGGUGUAUACAGAGAUCAGGCAAGGUCUGGGCCGGCCAUUCUCACUGAGCUGCAGGGUCUUACGUGCCCACCCCUCAAAAGUACUAGAUUAUGAAUGGAAGCUGGGCACCAGACUGCUGACAGUGGGCCAGUUGGAUACUCGGGAUGAGACGGAAUACCACGUAAGGGCACUCAACCGCGAGGGUUACGGCGCGUACACUUGUGACAUAAAAAAUGAAGCAGGAGCUGGCCGAUGUACUUUCCUUGUCACAGGGAAAGCCUAUGUUCCCGAGUUCUACUAUGACACCUACAGCGCUCAGUGGCAGAACAAACCUCGCGUCUACGGCUUUAAACUCCAGUGGACUCAGAUGAAUCCCAAUGCGGUCGACCGUAUCAUGGCAUAUCGACUUGGUAUCAAGCAGGUGAGUGAGUCUAGAUGGUGGGAGCAAGAAAUCCCAGUAGAAGACAACAUCCAGAAAGGAGAACUGCUCACCUACAACCUCACGGAACUCAUUAAACCCGAGGCCUACCAGGUCCGCCUCACACCCAUAACACGGUUCGGAGAGGGGGAUUCAACGGAAAGGAUCAUUUGCUACAGUGCACCGGUGAAUCCUCCUUGGAGUAAGUUUCACUGUGGCUUUGACGAGGACACCAUCUGUAUGUUCACCCAAGAUAAAACCGAAGAGUUUGAUUGGACGAGACAUAGUGCUGCCUCCAGGGACACUAAAUAUACACCCAACACUGGGCCCAGCAGCGACCGCACCGGCUCUAAACAAGGUUUCUACAUGUACAUCGAGACCUCACGGCCACGUCUGGAAGGAGAUAAAGCACGACUGUUGACUCCAUCCUUCAAUGUUGCCCCUAAAAAUCCCUACGGGAAUGUGGCCACCAACCCAACAUACUGCUUCAGCUUCUACUACCACAUGUAUGGGAAACAUAUAGGAACAUUAAAUGUGUAUUUGAGGCAGAAGAGCCAGACGGGUCAGGAUACUUCUGUUUGGACCCUGAGUGGGAACCAAGGAGACCGUUGGAGACAAGCUAGAGUUAACAUCAAUCCCACAUCCUCUUUUCAGAUGGUUUUGGAGGGUAUACGUGGUUCUGGCAUUGAAGGGGAUAUUGCUGUAGACGAUGUGGCCAUAGAAGAAGGAGAGUGUCGAGACCCUCCACCCAGUAGUAAUAUAAGAUCCCUGGCUUCUCCCGCUGCAGUGCAUAUAUGGCAGCUCUGGCUCACUUUACUUUUGGUCUUGGUUGGCCUCCGAAGGUGACCUCAUCACAUGGAGGUGGAACCCAGCUUUGGCAUUCAUAGAGAUUUCGGCUGACACGGACUGCCUGAACACAACAACCAAAGAUUCAUCCCGUCUACACAAAAGGAACGUAUAGGUUUUAGAUCAGUGUGAAGGAAGAGGAAGCCAGGGAA